GCCUCCAGCAACAAUGACUCCUGAAGAUAGUUCCCAGUCUCCUGGCUAUUCUAAAACUGGAUUAAAGAAUACAGGAAAGGGUUUUGAAUCAGAUCUGGAAGAUCCUGGUCAUGAAAGGAGAUUUGUAACCGCGAAGGAAUUCCAAGCCAUGGAGAAAGAACUAGAAGAUGUAAAAGAAGAACUGAAAUGCCUGAAGUGGAAAGUGAGACACAUUGGUGAGACUGUGCAGCCCCUGGCUGAAGACAGCAAGCGUUACAACGGCUAUACCCUGACGGAGCUCAAGGCAAUGGUGCAGUUUGAAGACGACCCUUACAAGGCUGCACACAAGAUCCUAACUGCGCUCUUCAGCGAUGUCUACUUGCUACAGCACUCAGUCACUGAACAGGCCUGCAACUCCCAAUCUCUGCCCAAGCCCAAAAUAGAUCCAGAGCUGUACACAGUGUACUGUGACAUUCUGAAAAGCAUAUUCCCUGGAAUUAGCAGCCAGACCUUGAGGGAAGAGACACAACACGUGCAGAAAAGCACCCAGAAAGAAGUGCAAUAACACCAGAGCCCACAAGAUGUUCUGCAAAGUCAGAAGUCUGAUGAUUUUAGAGGACUGAACUGUGGGUACGUACUGUUGGUUGAGUCUAUCCCUUUUAGGUAUGAAUCAUCUGUAAAGAUACUGGUGAGCUCUGAGCCCUUUAUGCCACUUGCCCAAUGAGACAGGAUGGGAAGGCGUUCUGCAUACUUCCUGCAUUUUAGAAAAAAAUUGCCCUCUUCGUGUCUCUUUCAAUAUAUGGAUGUUUCCUUGUUUCCAGCAACUACAAAUGCUGAGAAAAGAAUCCAGAGAAGGCAUUGUGUGUCCAAGCAAGGGCCUUUCCCCGCCCCAAACAGACCAAGCAACCAACCAGCAUCUGGGUAGUUUCUAUUUUCUAGAGUAUAUCAUUCAUUAAAUGACAUUACUUGU